GAUUCUUUUAUUUCUGAUUCUUCGUGUUUGCCUGUUGCAUCCUCUGAUUGUGUAGGUAGAGACAAUAAGUUUAGUUUAGCACCAUUUAAAAUUUUUGACCAAUCAGAUAAUGAUUGUUUUGAUUUAAAUUCAUUAUUAGUGAAGAAACAUAAUGAUAAUAGACCUUAUCUUCCUAUUAAGAUUUUAGGACAAUCUUGUUUAGCUCUUUUAGAUAGUGGCUCGAACAUUUCUGUGAUAGGUUCACAGUCAUUAGCUUUACUGAAAAAUGCUGAGAUUUCUAUUAUGCCCAUUUCUUCUCUGCAAGUGUCUACUGCAGAUGGUACAGUUCAGUCUAUUACAGGCAAAUUUGAAACUGAAAUCACAGUAGCAGAUUUAUGUAAACAAAUUACAUUCUACAUUAUUCCUUCAGUUCAGAAUUCUAUAAUUUUAGGUAUGGAUUUCUUAAAUGCUUUUAAUAGCACACUAAAUUGUUCUAAUUUUUCCUUUUCUAUUUCUCAAUUUAAUUUGUCCUUACUUAGUGCUAUUCAGGAUUUUACUAGUUUAUCUAGUUCCGAACAAAGGCAAUUAGAGAAUAUGAUCUCUAAAUUUACAACUCUUUCGUCGAAAGACAAGUUAGGUCGUACAUCCUUAAUAUCUCACACUAUCGAAGUGGGAGAUACCACACCUUUUAGGCAAUAUCAGUAUCCUAUUCCUCAGGCUUGGCAAGUUGACUUGGAAAAGGAAAUUGAUUCCAUGUUAGAGUUGAAUAUCAUUGAACCUUCCACGUCUUCUUAUUGUAGUCCUUUGUGGUUAACCAAGAAAAAGGAUGGAUCUUUUAGGGUUUGCUUCGAUGGUCGAAAGUUGAAUAAUAUUACUACAAAUCGGGAUGCUUAUCCUAUUCCCCGAAUAGACGUCAUUCUCAGUAAACUUCAGAAUGCUAGGUAUAUUUCUUCUAUCGAUCUAUCUAAAGCCUUUUUACAGAUUCCUUUGAGUGAGGAAAGUAAAAAGUAUACAGCUUUUGCAGUUAGUGGAAAAGGAUUAUUUCAGUUUGUCACUAUGCCUUUUGGUCUUGUUUCAGCUCCUCAGACAAUGUGUCGUCUGAUGGAUUUAGUCAUUGGUCCUCAGUUAGAGCCCUAUGUUUUUUAUUAUUUGGAUGACAUUUUGGUUGUCACUCCUGAUUUUUCUCUUCAUAUGGAAAUUUUGGAUAAGUUGUUUUCACGUCUCAAAGAGGCUAAUUUAACUAUUAAUUUAGAUAAAUGUCAGUUUUGUCGUCCUAGUCUUAAAUUUUUAGGAUAUGUAGUCGAUAGUAAAGGUUUAAGGACUGAUCCUGAUAAAGUUACAGCUAUCAAAGAUUUUCCUAUACCUAAGACUACUACCCAAGUCCGUAGGAUAUUAGGUAUGUGUGGAUAUUAUCGUCGGUUUGUGCCGUCUUACUCUACUUUGUUAUCCCCACUUACAGAUCUCCUUAAAAAUAGGAAAAAAGGCCAAACCAUUACAUGGACUUCAGAAGCCGAUGAUGCUUUCCGGCGUAUAAAAGAAGCUCUUACUAGUGCUCCUGUCAUGACGUCUCCGAAUUUUAAAGAGCAUUUCUAUCUCAUGACAGAUUGUUCCAACACUGCUUCAGGUGGUGUAUUAUUUCAAAUGAAGGAUGGUUCGGAACAUCCAAUAGCUUAUACCAGCAAAAAGCUCAAUAAAGCACAGAAAAAUUAUUCCACCACAGAGAGAGAACUUCUUGCAAUUAUCCAUGGUCUUGAUGCCUUUCGGUACUAUCUUGAGGGUCGUAAGUUUACUAUCAUCACAGAUCAUAGUUCUUUAUUAUGGUUACAUUCCAUGAAAAAUCCGUCACAACGUUUGUCCCGUUGGAUUUGUAGGCUUUCUGUCUUUGAUUACAAUAUUGUUAUCUAAGAAAUACAUCUCUAGAUGUAGAGUUUGUGCAACGUGCAAGCCGAGUAACCUACCUCAAGCUGGAUUAAUGGGUUCGUUUAGGAAUAUUAAUUUUCCGUGGCAAAUGAUCUCUUUAGACCUUAUUGGACCGUAUCCACGUAGUUAUUUAGGUAACACAUAUUGUUUGGUAGUUGUAGAUUACUUCACCAAAUUUCCUUUAGUUUGUCCUCUGCGUAAGGCUACAACUCCAGCCAUUUUGAAGUUCUUAGAGGAACAAGUGUUCUUACUAUUUGGUAUUCCCCAAAUAGUAUCUUGUGAUAAUGGUCCACAAUUUGUUUCUAAAGCUUUUAAAGAUCUAUUAAGUAAAUAUAAGGUCCAAAAGAUAUUCUACAAUGCAGCUUAUCAUCCGCAAGCUAACCACACUGAACGUGUAAAUCGUAGCAUUGUUACUGCUCUUCGAUCUUACACUUACAGUGAUCAUAGAGCUUGGGAUAAGUACAUCCAUUCAGUUGAUAAAUAAUAAAUACCCUUGAUUUAUUUCUUUCACAUAAUUUAUUUCUAUCUACUCCCUUUCAUCUUCUGUUAUUCCACAUAUUAGUUCGUUGGUGUAUCAAGGUACAUUUUAGAGUUUACCCUAUUGCUACACUACACAUUCUUGUUAUAUUGGCGCUCCAGCCCAUCCAUUUUUGUUACAUUGGCGCUUCAGCCAUUACAUAUUUGUUACAGACUCCAAGGUUUCUUGUAGCUAAGCAUAAUCAGGAAUAGAGGGCGCGAAUAGAAACACUCCGCAGGUCCGGAAGCCUGCUAAACCCGUAGACAUUGUAGCAGCUUGUGACCAGGCUUUCCAUAGAAGUUGGCUGAAGUGCCUGCGUUCUAUCUUCUUUCCAGGAUUUGCAUUUCUCCAUUUGAUAGCUGCACUUCGGUAAUAGGCCUUCAACGAUUUGAAAAACGAUCGGUCGAGAGGCUGUAAGUAAUAAGUCAUGUGGCUGGGAAGGCAAAGAAAGUUGACAUCAUUUUCCAGCGCUAUCUCUAAUAUGUCCGGCGAGUUAGUGUGAGAUCCAUGUCCGUGGAGCAGUAAUAGGCAUGUACCAGCUGUCUUCCUUGGAAUAAAGUGGUUUUCCAGCCAAUUUUUAAAGAGGUCUUCAUUUAUGUAAGCUGAUUUUCCACCCAUCACCACUUCAGAACCGUUAGGCAUAUUAUCGAGCCACACUUGUUGUUUGUAUACACCUUUGAACACUACGUAGGGAGGUAAAAAACUUCCCUCUGCAUUACAACAGGCAACAACUGUCACUGUCUAUCCUUGUUCUUUUGAUUGCCGCACUUGAACUGCCUUACUGCCUUUGGCCGCUAUAACCGCUUGGGGGGUUGUUCAAUUGCAAACCUGACUAAUCUACAUUGUAUAUAUUUCCGGAUUUGUUCAAGAGGUUUAACGAUUCUAACGUCUUUUUUAACAAAUUGAAAUAAUCAUUCGCUUCUUCCUUUACCAUGCCAUCCGGGCGGCCCAUAGACACUCCUUGGGCCUUUCGAAUCGCCAAUGAUGGCUUUCAUUUGAGAAAUGCGUUAAGCCAUCUUCUUUCUGCUUUGCGUUUCUCUACAUUGAAAUGGACGUAGGAAACUCGGUCCAUUUGUUCAGCCAGGUUGAAAGCCACUCGACAAAGUGCAUCCCUUGUAGGCGCAUACCCUGUAACCUGCUAUCUCUUGACAUGAAGCACUAAUUUUUGUUCUGCGUCCAGGACAAGGGCAGGCGGUUGUCCUAGCUUACCUUUAAUGCUGUUCUUUGUUUUGAGUCGGAAUCGUAGGGUUUUUUCCGGUAUAUCAAACUUUAAAAGCUGCACCCCUAACUGAGAGCCAUCCUUGAAAGCAACACGAAAAUUAUCUUCAGUCCAGCAGUCCCGCAUGUUCUUACACUUGUAGCUAGGCAUAUCUACAAAAGAAAAAUAAGUCAUAUUAAAAAUUAGAAAUGUUUUAUUUAUGUGAUAGAUAUGAUGCGCGUCAUAUCCCCGACUCGACGCCAUUUGAAGUAAAAAAAUUCAAAUAGUAAACAAGAAGUGCUUUGUGUCUAAAUAAGUCAUGUUCUUGAGUUUACAGAACGCGCAACAACGUAGAAUACACUAAAGCAACAAAAAAUUUUAAAAAGACAAAUUACAAAACUUUGAAAUUACUAAGAUAAAAUUUUUAUGGUGUUUACCUGCAAAAGUGUACACAACACCAAAGCUCCCUCCAGAUGGAUCACUAUCCAACAUAGACAUGCUUCAUCUGGUGACAAUGGUGGAUGCUACCGUUUCCCAAAACCUUUCCCGCGCGAGCAUGCAGAAUUUGAAAGAUAUUGAAAACGCAUCAUAUUCCUCACGUUUACCUUAUAUUUUAUAUUUUGUACAAAUUUUUUCAUUAGAUUUAGUAUAAGACAUUUGGUGUAAUACUUUUUUGAGGUAUACUUUUAUAAGAGUUUAAUAUAUUUUCAGUUAAAUUACAUUGAAAUAAUGAAGGCGGUUAUUGAUAGGAAUACAUGUGGGAAAAACAAUAUUUAGCUGUUAUUUUUAUAAGUACAAAAUUUGUUAUAUGCCCCACUUUAUUUUUGUAUGCAUCUUAAAAUAAAAAUAUUGCUCUGCAACUCUUUAGAUAUGACAUCAAAUAUUUUUAGGGAAUAAAUCCAAAUUAUAAAAUAAACUCAUUACUUAAUGUUUCAAUCAUUUCAUUAUAUCAUUUAUGUAAAAAUAAUGUCAUCUGGGUUAUUUAAAGGGAAGAUCAUAGGAUUCAUACUAUGCCUCAAUAGUUUAUUAUUACCCCUGGUUGUUUUACUUAAUUGUAUUAAUUUUAUUUAGACCAACUCAUACCCUAAGCCAAUUUGAAAACAAUUAAAUAAAACAAAUAAAGUGUUUUUUUAUAGCCAUGGUUUGUUUCCAAAAAAAUAGCUAUCCCAGACUAGCUUAGAAAUAGGUUCUGCCUUGUAAAUUAAAAAUGUGACAAUAUAUUUUUCUAUUGGUAAAGUAGUACCUGCAGUUGUGAUUUACAGGCAAUAAAUUUUUGUAUUGUUGUUGUAACUGUUGUAACUUUGUUUUGUAAAUAAAUUAGAAUUAAAAUAU